AUGGCUGCGGUGCGUGGCCGGGAUCCCGGUGCCGGCUGCGGCAUCUCGGGCGCGCUCCGGCUGUCCCCAGGGUCCAGCAGCCGGCUGGCGGGGAUUGGGGAAGGUCGGGAAGGUUCCCUGGCAGCGAUGGAGGAAGGCGAGGACGGCCCGGCGGGGGAGAAGAGCCCCUCGGAGAGGGAAGGGGCCACCUCGGACCACGAGGGCUCUGCCGAGCACGACGCCUCCAGCCCCCCUGGCAGCGAAGAGGUGGCUUCCAGAGAUGCCCCGGAGAGUCCGAAGGAGCUGGAGAACCCGGAUCCUGGAGAAAACCCACAGGAGCCGGACGCCUGGAAUGGGCCAGAUGAGCUGGAUCUGGCCAUGCAGGACGGGGAGAGGCAGGUGCGAACCCGCAGGAGCCUCCCCGAGGGCUUCUCCUGGGGACCCUUCCAGGGCAGCAUCCACAGCGAGCCAGCAUCACCGGGACACGGUGAGACGCAGAGCCCACCCGUGACACUGGUGCUGGGGGACGAGAGCUGCUGGCUGUCCCGGCUGCCCCUCGUGCCCGGAGAGCCCGAUGCCAACGCCGUGAUCUACCGGAAAGACGAAGCCCUGUGGUGCCGGACGACGCGCGCCCUGCGGGAGGACGAGGCCGUGUGUGCCUUCGUGGUGGCGGAGCCGCCGGCCAUCCCCAACCACCACGCGGUGAAAGUGGAGCCCGGCGACUCACCAUACCCGGCCGCGCUGCACUCCGACAUCCAGCUGCUGCCGCAGCAAGCCGGCAUGGCCGCCAUCCUGGCCACCGCCGUGGUUAACAAGGACGUCUUCCCAUGCAAGGACUGCGGGAUCUGGUACCGCAGCGAGCGCAACCUGCAAGCCCACCUGAUGUACUACUGCGCCAGCCGGCAGAGCGCCGGCUCGCCCGCCCUGGAGGAGAAGCCCAAGGAGACCUACCCCAACGAGCGCGUCUGCCCCUUCCCCCAGUGCAAGAAGAGCUGCCCCAGCGCGAGCUCCCUGGAGAUCCACAUGCGGAGCCACAGCGGAGAGCGGCCGUUCGUCUGCCUGAUCUGCCUGUCCGCCUUCACCACGAAAGCCAACUGCGAGCGUCACCUGAAGGUGCACACGGACACCCUGAACGGCGUUUGCCACAGCUGCGGCUUCAUCUCCACCACGAGGGACAUCCUCUACAGCCACCUGGUCACCAACCACAUGAUCUGCCAGCCAGGCUCCAAGGGAGAGGUGUAUUCACCGGGGCCAGCCCUGCCUGCUGCCAAACCCCUCGCCCCCGGGCUGAGCCAGACGAACAACGCGUCCCUGCGGAAGUGCAGCCUGCCAGCGUUCCUGCCCGAGCCCCCGCCCGGCCCCGACGCCGUGCCCCCGCCGGCACCACCCGCCUCACCCCCCGAUGCCAGGGCCGGCAAGCUCUCGCCACCAGCCCAGCCGCAGAACGGGGAAGGUCCAUCAUCCUCCUCCUCCUCUUCUUCCUCCUCCUCCUCCGGUGAGGCCGUCCGCAUCAAGGAGGAGCCCACAGGCAGCCCGGCAAGUGAGGCAGAGGCACCAAAAAGCAGCAGCCCUGGGGAGCGUGACGGCAGCCCUGAUGCCUGCUCCCGGACCUCGUCGCCCCGCAGCCUCCCCUCGGCAAAGGUCAAGUCGGAGCUCGCCAGCCCCACGCCGGGCUCCAGCCCAGUGCCCAGCGAGCCAGGGACGGGCACGGCCGGUGGCACCGUCUUCCUACCCCAGUACGUGUUCGGCCAUGAAGCCGCGGUGGUGCCACAGGCAUCGGAAAUCCUGGCGAAGAUGUCGGAGCUGGUGCACAGCCGGCUGAAGCAGGGCCAUGGCGGCACGGUGCCGCCCGCCAUCUAUGCCGGCACGCCGGUGCCCAAGGGUGCCACGUGCUUUGAGUGCGAGAUCACCUUCAACAACAUCAACAACUACUACGUGCACAAGCGCCUCUACUGCUCCAGCCGGCACCUCGCCGAGGACAGCCCCCCCGGGGCGCGCAAGCUCAAAGCCCCCCCUGGGGCACCCAAGGGUGCUCCUGCCCCAGGGACGCUGCUGUCCCCCCUGGUGGGUGACGGGCAAGGGACACCGGCGGGGGACGGGGACGCCGGCCGGGAUGCCACACCACCAGCCGCCCCACCGGAGGUGAAGGCGGAGGAGGGGGGGGCUGCCCCCUCGCCCCGCUCCAGCCCGGAGGCCGACGGUCCCAUCGACCUGAGCAAGAAGCCGCGGCGGCAGGGCGAACCGACACCGGCACCGCUGCUACCCUUGGCCGACUACCACGAAUGCACCGCCUGCCGCAUCAGCUUCAACAGCCUCGACAGCUACCUGGCCCACAAGAAGUACCAGUGCCCGGCCACCCCGCUGCAGCCCCGCACCCUCGAGCACCUCCAGAAGAUGAAGGGGUCCAUGCCUGCCCCCCUCAAGGGUCGCCGCAGCCCCAGCAGCCCCGGCGAGGGGGACCCCGAAGGCGUGCGGGUGAGGGCGGCUCCAGCGGGGAGCCCCGGCAUCCCCUACCCUGGUGCAUCCGGGGCGGACUCGCUGCAGCGUCACCCCAAGGGUCCCCUGCCACCCCCGGGGGCAAAGGGACCCCUCUCCGCCUGUCCCUACUGUCCCCUCAAUGGAGCCGUCAAGGGCGACCUCCUCGAGCACUUCCGUAACGCCCACGGGCUCUUCGUGGCCAAGCCGGCGGUGGCCGGGCAGGGGCUCCCCGACCCCCCAGUGCCCGGUGCCGGCAGGACGCCCGAGCCCCCGCUGCCCCCGGAGGGACUGCGGGAAGCUGCCCGCAAGCCCCCCACGCCCCCCGCCUACACGGACAGGGGGGUGCAGACCCCCCCGGCCAAGGCUGUGCCCGGCCCCGUGCCCAACGGCAACCACAGGUACUGUCGCCUCUGCAACAUCAAGUUCAGCAGCCUCUCCACCUUCAUUGCCCACAAGAAGUAUUACUGCUCCUCCCACGCUGCCGAGCACGUCAAGUAA